CGAGCGUUGUGACGGAGGAGCUCCGGAGGUGGAUUGGCUGAACUCCCCACGACUUCUCCCCACGCCUCCGGCCGGCAGAGCAAGCCGGGUGACGGCCGCGGAUGGAGCGGAGCGGGGGGUCUUCCAGGACUUGGAAGAUUCAUGAAAAUCUAAUGUAAAUAACACAGGUAAAAGAGACAUCCUGAACUUGAGAAAUGGCUGGUUUCCUAGACAAUUUCCGGUGGCCUGAAUGUGAGUGUAUUGAUUGGAGUGAAAGAAGAAAUACAGUUGCUUCUGUGGUAGCUGGGAUUCUGUUUUUUACAGGUUGGUGGAUAAUGAUAGAUGCGGCAGUAGUUUACCCUAAGCCAGAGCAAAUGAACCACGCAUUCCAUACUUGUGGAGUGUUUUCUACUCUAGCUUUUUUCAUGAUAAACGCAGUAUCAAAUGCUCAAGUGAGAGGAGACAGCUAUGGUGAUGGAUGUUUAGGAAGAACAGGUGCUCGUGUCUGGCUCUUCAUUGGCUUCAUGUUGAUGUUUGGCUCACUUAUUGCUUCUAUGUGGAUCCUUUUUGGAGCAUAUGUUACCCACAAUAUUAAUGUCUACCCAGGCUUAGCAGUGUUUUUUCAGAAUGCUUUGAUAUUUUUCAGCACCCUUAUCUACAAAUUUGGAAGAACUGAAGAACUGUGGGCUUAAGAGUACUUUUUUCUUCAUCUUGCUUAGCGAGCCUUGAAUGUAAAUAUAAUUUACAUUUCUGUUUUAUAUUUUGCCAAAUAGAUGUUGCAUUACACCUUUUGUAUGUUUACUUAUUUUUGGAAAGUGAACUGAUUUAAAUAUUCUGCUCAAAGUUAGCUAUCUUUUCAUAGAAUGGAUAGUAAUGUGAAUAUGUACAUACUAUGACUAUCUGUAAAAUAUAAAAGUGAAUGUUAAACUUUCA